CCCUGCGCCUGCGCACUCGAAAGGGGAUAUUUUUGUAGAUAUGUGUGGCUCUGGUUUUUAAUGGUUAUAUUUAAGUGUUUGAGUGUUUGAGUGAGUGUGACCCUCCGCGGCCCAGCCUUAUGGAGAACCCGAGAGACCUGGUGGAGCGUCCGUCCAGGAAGCGCUGUGACUCCUUCGGACUGCUGGACGGUCUGGAGGAGGACCGCAGCAGCUGCAGCUCCGAGUCCAGCGGGGGCAGCGGAGGCUCCAGCCCCGAGGACAGCGAGGAUGAAGAUUACGGAAUAGGGGGAGGAGGGGGGACUCACCUCACCUCCUCCUCCAACUCCUCUCUGACUCUCAUUAAGACAAACGGACAGGUGUACACAUACCCUGACGGAAAGGCUGGCAUGGCGACCUGUGAGAUGUGUGGCAUGGUGGGGGUCAGAGAUGCUUUCUACAGUAAAACCAAACGUUUCUGCAGCGUCUCCUGUUCCAGAAGUUUCUCCUCCAACUCCAAGAAGGCCAGCAUCCUCGCCCGACUUCAGGGGAAGCCUCCCACUAAGAAGGCCAAAGUUCUGCAGAAACAGCCUCUGAUGAGUAAACUGGCUGCGUACGCUCAGCAUCAGACUCACCAUCAGGGCGGAGUCAAGAAGAGCGUCACUCUGGACAUGUUCGACUGGGGUCGUUACCUGGGAGACGGAGACGUGAUGGGAGCACCAGUUAACUGCUUCAAACAUGUUCCCAUGGGGACGUCGUGGGGCGGCAUCAGUGAAGGCGUGCGGAUUGAAGUCCCAAACACUGACAGCGGUCUGCCGUUGAAGGUUUACUGGAUUGCUGGAAUCAUCAAACUGGCUGGUUUUAAAGCUUUGCUGCGGUACGAGGGAUUCGACAGCGACUCCACCAGAGACUUCUGGUUGAACCUGUGUGUGCCGGACAUCCACCCCGUGGGCUGGUGUGCUGCAGGGGGCAAACCUCUGGUACCCCCCCAGACCAUUCUGCACAGAUUCACAAACUGGAAGACGUUUCUGGUCAAAAGACUGACUGGUUCCAAAACACUGCCGCCAGACUUCGCUUCCAAGGUGCAGGAGAGCAUGCAGGUCCCCUUUAAGAAGCAGAUGAGGGUGGAGGUGGUGGAUAAAACUCACCUGUGCAGGACGCGGGUCGCUUUAGUGGAACAGGUGAUUGGCGGUCGUCUCCGCCUGGUGUACGAGGAGUGUGAAGACGGGACCGACGACUUCUGGUGCCACAUGUACAGUCCUCUGAUCCACAACAUAGGCUGGUCCCGAUCCAUCGGACACCGAUUCAAGCGGUCUGAUGUUUCCAAGAAGCUCGGCAGUUUAAUGGACGCUCCUGGACAGCUGUUUGCAAAGGUAAAGGAGGUGGACCAGAGCGGCUCCUGGUUUGAAGAUGGGAUGAAGUUGGAGGCCAUCGACCCUCUGAACCUUUCUGCCAUCUGUGUGGCGACAGUUAGGAAGGUCCUAGCAGAUGGAUAUCUGAUGAUCGGGAUCGAUGGCUCUGAGGCAGCUGAUGGGUCAGACUGGUUCUGUUAUCACUCCACCUCUCCUUCCAUCUUCCCCGCUGGCUUCUGUGAGAUCAACAACAUCGAGCUGACGCCUCCUAGAGGUUACAGCACUCUUCCCUUCAGGUGGUUCGAGUAUCUGAAGGAGACGAAAUCUGUGGCUGCUCCUGUCACCCUCUUCAACAAGGAUGUUCCUAAUCACGGUUUCCAUCCUGGGAUGAAGCUGGAGGCCGUGGACCUCAUGGAGCCCAGGUUGGUCUGCGUUGCCACGGUGACCCGCAUCGUACACCGGUUGCUACGGAUACACUUUGACGGCUGGGAGGACGAGUACGAUCAGUGGGUGGACUGUGAGUCACCUGACCUGUAUCCUGUGGGCUGGUGUCAGCUGACCGGGUACCAGCUGCAGCCACCCGCCGUUAACGCAGGCUCAAGAGAUCUUCAGUCAGCAGCGUCCAAACAGAGAAAGAAAUCUCAGCAGUACAGAGGACAGAAGAAAAAGAGGAAGUUGCCCAUAGCUAAGCGACCCGUCAGUCUCUCAGGCGCCGUGGUAACGGGCGUCCCCAGGAGCCUUUCAGGAGAUGAGAAUGAGACUCCGCCUAAUUACCCAUCACCCCCAACUCCAGCCUCAGCAGCCCAGCCCCCCUCUGUGGAUCCCCAGCGCAGCCCCAACACUGAGGGGGGGCCAGGUUCACAGAUUAAAGAGGAGAACGUGGAGGGAUCAGAGUUUUCUUCAGAGAGGACUGAAACUGAAACCAACGGAUCUUCUGGAGAAUUAUUUAACAACCAGGACCAGUAGGCCUAAUCCAUCCCUUUAUCUCUCACUCUAUCCAUCAAAACCCUAAAUUUAGCCCUUGUUCAUUUCAAAAUACAUUUCUUUGUCCUGCUCAGUAUUCAUCUCUGUGCCCGGUCAGACCAGGAAGUGGAACAGAUCCAUUUAUUCACUCAUAAAUGAACUCCCAUGAAGUUUUGAAAGCUUGUUGAUGAAGUGAGGGUUGUUUCUAAAAUUAAAGAAAUCAAGCUUUUAGACUCAUUAUAUCCCAAAUGAAAGCUUUUAUCUGAACUAAACCCUUAUGAACAAUCAUUUAAAGAUUUCAGAUUUUCAAUAAGACAAUAUGUAUUACUCCUGCCCUGGAUACAGCCCUGAAAAGAGGGUGACUAACAGGCUAGCUGGCUGCGCUAGUCGGGCAUGCUAGCCCACCAAGCUAGCUGGUAGCUAACUGUCAGUUAGAAAUCUGAUUCCUUCUGCUUAUUUAGGAUUUGACUCCAGACAAAUUAUAUUGAAUUAUUGAAGAUGUUUCUUCAUGGGGUACAUCCACUGCAACAGCGUUAGGUAUUAAUAAACUAUGUGUAAAAGUCAACCACGGUAUAACGCUAGCACCUGCCAGUUAGCAUGUGACGAUCUAGUCAAGGUUUUUUGACAGUUGUUGAUCAUUUCCCACCUUAUUUGUCUUCAUACAUCGUUCGCAACUUCCGUUUUAAAAGUCAGCCACAGAAACAUAUAAAGGUAGCUGCUACUGACCGUCAGUUCUAGCUAGCUAGUUCAGCGGCUAAAACGUCAAAAGCCAGAUUAAUCAAAGCAGUUGCAUCUAUUGUUGUGAAGCAUUGAAAAGGCAAAGGUUAGCGCUAUCUAAAUGAGUCUGGCUAAAGGCUAACUAACUUAAUUCUUCUCUGCAUGAUAUACCUUCACUCAAAAUAUUAUAUAACGAACAUUAUAUUUAUUUCUUACGACCUAGCUAUUUUUAAUCUGUUUAUUCAGGGCCAUAUUCUUGCUAAAAACAUGCUAGUACCAGCUUGCCACAAUAAGACAGCUAGCUAGCUAGUAUGUACAUUAGGCAGCUUUUAUUAAAUAUAUUUAUGCAUAAAUCUCUGUUAUUUAGUAUGAAUUGAAUUAUUUUAAGCAUAAAUGUGGUGUUGGUCUGACCGGGUUUCAUUCUUUAUUUUCCAAACUGUCUCUCAUAUCCUUCCUGGACUUUCCCAAGAACAAAACACCUUUCACACAUUUCACUGACAUGUUGUAAAAGCUGUAGUUCUACCUGAAGUAUCACUAAAAUCUCUUAAAACUCUUCUGAUUUAAAAAGGGCAAAAAAAGAAAGAACAGAAAGAGAGAGUUCCACUGAAAAAGAAAAAUAAGGAGAUAAGAAAACUUUUAUAUAAUGUUUUUUUAACAUACAUUUCUUUGUUGUUUGUAUAUGUUGAUGUUGUGUUCAAGGGUCAGAACUCUUGACGUAAUAAUAAUAAUACUGGAUGCUGUGUAAUGUCAUGUUGAGAUUAGCAGUGAUUUAAAAAAAAACUUGCGUGUGUUUGUGUGUUUGGGCAUGUGUGUUGACGUUUUGAUUCUGAAGAGUUAUCAGAAUGAAACAAGAAACCAGCCUAUAGGAGCCACAGCAGUUAAACUGGUUUAGUUUUUCAAAUCCUUAAUUGUAUUCAGAAGGCCAGUUUCUGCAGAUAUAAGACCAUCUGUCUUCUACAGUAAUAAUAAUAAUAUACAGUAUUGUUCCUUUACUUUCAAAUGUCAUUUAGUGGAAAUGUAUAAAACACGGCAAAAGCGAGUGAGGUUUGGUUGAAGUUGUUUUUUCAAAAUUCAUAUCAACAUAAAAUACUUUUUUUCUGAAAAUCACCUCACCUCUUAAAGUUAAGAGUAGCUGCAAUAAAUAAAUAUCCCAAAUAUUGCAAUAAGAGAUUUAUCUACUGUGCAUCUGGUCAUAAAGUUUAGAGGUUUUAACAUUGGUGCCAAUUCAGUUGUUGAGUUCCUGAGCAAUGUCAAAUAAUUUGACGCCUUUAUACUCUUGAUUUUACCACUUAAGACAAAAUGUCAAAGUUCUCAAAUAAAUCUAAGAUUCAUGUCUUAAAGGUCACAUAUUAUGCAAAAUACAGUUUACUAUGUUUUUUAACACUUACAUGUGUCCUCAGUUUGUCUACAAACCCCCAAAUUAUGAGAAAAGUCCAUCCUGUCCGUCUUUUGCCUGCUCCACUUUUCAGAAAAUGUAC